AUGGGGCUCUCGGUCGAAGGAUCAUCCAUUGGCUGGACACAGACCGAAAAGGCCGCGCCAAAUAUUCAGAAAUGGGCCACCGAGAUCGAGUUCUGCCUGGUGGAUGUAAACCCUGAUACCCAGCGGGCAACGUUGCUGCUGGACCAGGAGAAGGUGAUUCGCCAAUGGGAGAAGAGUGCAGCCAGCCAAAGUGAUCCCAUCACUCUGCAAUGGGAAUGCGUCAAAUAUGUCGUGGAAGCCACCCCAGCAAAGCCAUACACGGGAAAGAUCGAGGACCUCAUGACAGUCGAAGAAAACAUGAAGCGACGACGCCAGAUUAUCGAAAACCAUCUGUCUUCGAAUCAACACACGAUUUCGUUGUCUUUCUUCCCUCGCACGGGAGCCGAUGGUCCAUGGACGACCCCCAACGGCCAAGAGAAGAAAGAAUAUUCACUGUGCUCUCUUCCGCGGUAUCAAACUCUGCCCGAAAAUGUCUUCCAGAGGAGGAAAACUCACAAGAAGACCAAUAUUCCCGUGUUUCGGGAUUCCCAAACACCCACCCCGUUCCAUGAUGUCUCCCGAUCUGGCGAGAACAUCGAGGGUCAUCUCUGUCUAGAUGAGUUGGAGGUUGGUAUCGGCUCCUGUAGUCUCCAAGCAACCAUGCAAGCACCAAGUCAAGCAGAUGCACGGUGGCUGCACGACCAACUGGUACCCCUGGCGCCUGUCUUCUUAGCUAUGACUGCUGCAGUUCCAAUUUGGAAGGGGUAUUUGUCCGACACCGAUGUCAGAUGGGAGCGGUUUGGUGACUUACUAGACGACCGUCGUCCAGAGGAGAUCGAGAUAACUCACCCCCGCUGGACCUGGAACAGAACCUAUCUUUCUUCGGAGAAGCCGCCGGGUGUUGACAGCUGCCCAUCCCAGAUGAUAGAUCCGGCUAUCAAGCAACGUCUUCUAGACGGAGAUAUGGACGAAUGCCUUGCCACACAUUUCGCGUCUAUUCUCUCCCGAGACCCUCUCAUCCUCACACAAGCAGAUAUGGGCAAAGAUAACACUUCCAACACAAGACUUUUCGAACUUCUUCACGGCCUCACAUGGUACGCAGUUCGGUUGAAACCGCCAACAUCUGACAACGGACCGGGUUGGUGCGUUGAGCUUCGCACCAUGGAAUCCCAGCUCACCGACAAGGCGAAUGCUGCGUUUGCGAUCUUCACAUACCUUCUAUCCAGAGCCAUUGUGGACCUCAAGCUGAAUUUUUACAUCCCAAUCGACAGGGUGGGCGAGUCGAUGGACAUCGCCAAGAACCGUGAUGCCGUCCGUCAGUCGAAGAUGUGGUUCCGUCGACAUGGGUGGUUGUCGGGUCCACCACACUCCAUCAGGCCUCGUCGAUCGAUGUGCAAAGACAACCAUUUGAAUGGAAAAGACGGGUCGACCGGAGACGUUGCUCUCAUGACCGCCAAUGAGAUCUUCAACGGGGAGGCAGACGACCACGGGUUCCCGGGGUUAGUACCCAUUGUGCGAUACUACCUGGAUUACAGCAAGAUGCCCCCGACAGAGCAGGCCAGGAUUUUGCCCUAUCUUGACCUGAUCAGUCAACGUGCGAGUGGCGAGAGUCCCACACCAGCGACUUGGAUGAGGGAUUUUGUUCGCUCACACAAAGACUAUCAGCAGGAUAGCUAUGUGAGUGAGAGGAUCUGCUACGACAUGAUGCAGGAAAUUGUGCGAAUGAAUGACCAGCCAGAGCUGGAAGGCUUGUACUCAGCUAGAUGUAACUAG